GCGGCAAACAAGUAGACCUGAGACGACGUACGUGGUAGGCUCCGCAUCAUCAGUGCGGAAAGAGCGCGCGCUUAAAUUGAAUGUCGGCAAUGUUGGUGAUUUUUAACAAAACAGAGAAGAACCAAAUGGACAGCCGAAGUAAUAAAGCAACAGCUGGUUGAAAAUUUGUCUGACUGAAAGGCAAUUUGUACAAAACACUAAAUGAAUAUUACUAUAACACGCAAUCAUGUGCGCUGACGAAACUCCAAGAGGCCUAAUACAGGGAUUCUUACUGUCCAGUGAUAUCAACCAAUCGGCUAUAAAUCAAAAAGUUAAACAGAGGAGGAGAAGUCAACGCUCGCUGCAGGAAUUCCCUAAUAGCAAAAGAAGAAGCAGCACUGUUGGUGUUAACAAUGCUAGCCCUAGAAAAAGGUCAUUAAGUGAGCAGUCGCCAGGUAAAAGGACGCGUUUAACUCCUAAACAAUUCAGUUCACGUACUCCAGAAGUAUCUGCCAAGGUUGCUGUUACAAACCGUUUGCUUCGCAGUGCCAGUCGGGCUGCAGCGUCCAGUUCAUCUAGAAAGAUUUUACAGGUACCGGCAAAGGAAAUAGAUGCCCUGACACCAAGGGGUCUCAUACAGGGAUUUCUUAAUGAUGCUGCUCCUGAAACACCAGCAGUUCAUCGGUUAGAUUCUCCUCCCACUGAGAACUUUGCAUUGCCUGGAAUAUAUGAUGACGAAGAAAUUGGCACUCACAAAGGCAGACCACUAUCUCCUCUGCUGGAUGUUGAUUCUAGUGUUCAUGGUUCAAGCCGAUUGACUCCAGCCAGGCUAAAGCGUCAGAGACAAGAGCUCAGUUACAAGGAGUUUUUUUCGGGUGUGCAGAAGCGUAUGAAGAAAGGGCCUAGAGUGGAAGAGGAGGCUGCAGCAGAAUUAGAAAAUGAUAAGAAUAGACCAACCCUGGAGGAACUUGCUGGAACGGAGGAGAUUUUGUCAUCAAGCCCUCCAAGUGACAGACGGAUACCACGGAGACACAGACUCUCAGGUGGUAUACAAGGUUCUAGUGUUUCUCAUGAGGUAGGUGACUCUCAGCCAGUUACAGAGCUUCCAGAAUUCCAGAUUAGCAAUGCUGAAUCUGAUGAGAGUAUCACCGAUGAUGAGUUAGCAGAAGGCACCCAAAUUUCAACAGAGGCAGGUAAUGAAGGAGGGGAUGGCAUCCUUGAUGGAGACUUUGGAGAAAGUGAUAACAAAGUUACAACAGUGGCACCUGAUACAGAAGACAGUGGAAAUCAAAGUGGUGAUGACUUAGAAGAUGGAAGUCUCAGUGGUGGUGACUUGAGAGUAGGUCUUACUGGAGUUGCAACAGAGGCACCUGAUAAAGAAGACGAUGAGAGUCUCAGUGGAGAUGACUUAGGAAAAGGUCAUACCAAAGUUGUGACAGGGGCACCUGAUGAAGAAGAUGAUGGAAGUGUCAGUGGAGAUGACUUCGGAAAUGUUCAUACAGAGGCUACAGAGGCACUCAGUGAAGAAGAAGGUGGAAGUCUCAGUGGUGAUGACUUAGUAAGUGAUCACUCUAGUCUUGCAACAGAGGCACUUGAGGAACAAGACAAUGGAAGUCUUAGUGGUGGUGGCUUAAGAAAAAGUCAUACCAGUGCUGUGACAGCGGUGCCUAAUAAAAAAGACAAUAGUACCAUUAGUAGUGGUAAUUUGGGAGAUACAGAAAUGGAGACAGAAGCAUUAGGUCCAGACAAUGUUGAUGAAGAAAGCAGAGUUGCAAGAGCAACAGAAGAGGAAGUUGAAAAAAUCUUGCAAACCACCAGCAUAGAACCUGAAGAAUUCUCUGACAUUGAGGAGGAUACUGAUUUAGGAGGAGUUACUGAAGAUGCUACUGAAGAUUACCGUAAUCUUCAAACACCAAUCAUUUCCAAGAGAGCUUACAAAACUCCAGUUCUCACUGAACGAAAGCAAAAACACACUCAAAUGGAGAAAAGUGUUGCCCCAAAAUCCAAGACGCCAAGAAGUGGAGGAUCUAAGAAGGAACGCAGCCAACCACCUCUACCAACCAGUUUGACAAAGAGUAUCUUCUGCCAUUUCUCAAGUGCUAAGGUCUCUAAGGAAGCCCUUGCAGCUGUUGAAAAAGGAAGUGAGCAAUUUUUCAAAAGAUUGACAACAGAUUUAAGAACAUAUUGUAAACAUGCCAACCGACAAACUGUUGAAACGACAGAUAUCGAAUUGCUCAUGAAAAGACAGGGCUUGAUAACAAGUAAGCAAUCUCUCCAAUCUUUGAUUGAGCAACAUCUCCCAAUGGAGCAUCGCAGAGAGUUGAUACCAGUGGCUUACGCAGGGAACGUAGUCAAGCCCAAGAUGUGAUCUUUCCAACAUGCAGUGUCAAAUAGCUGUGUAUAUAUAGUAAAGAUCUUAUAAUUACAAGAUAGUACUCUCUGCCAUUCUAUGCAUAGCAAGUAGAAGUGUCGAUGUUCAGUAGAAAGAAACAUAAAAAGUAAUCACUUUUGAGAGAGGGCGCCCUAGUUGUUACAAUGGUCGUCAUAGAAGUUGCACACAGAUACGCUAUCUUUAGUUAACGAUCUCUAAAGUCAAAGUUAAAAAGUAAUCACUUUUGUGUGAGGGCGCCCUACACUGUUAUUACAGAAUCUGCAUGCAGAAAACGCGGAGAAUGCGAUCUUGUAAUUGUAAGAUAUUUAAUAUGUAUAUUAUGACAGUUUUUGAAUGAGAACAUAGGGAUGUGAUUUUACAUGCUAUGGCGAGACUGUUUCAUACCUUGUGUCGUAUACAUUAUUUUUUUUUUAGCGUCUUCGUAGGAGGGCGCAAAAUAACAUUAAAAUGUUAAAUUUUAUUUUCUAUUUAGCAAAAUUGGUUCUAACAAAAGCAUAAAAAUAAAAUGUUCAGUGUUAUGAGAUAAGAAGUAAUUGAAGGCGCCCUUUGACCCUCGCUUUAAAAUUUUCGAAUAUCACAUCUCAUUGUCAUUAAAAAUACAUUGGCGAUGUGAACAAGUUCAGUAAUCGCACUGAUAAAUGCUUAAUGUGUACUUGGUUAUAAGGGAAAAACGUCUUGCACUAUGGUGGCAGCAGGUGACGGUGUGAUAAAAUAUUUUCACUUUAUACUUUUUAUGUAGUGUUGGGUGUGCUAACAAGCUAAAAAUAAGCAAAUAAAGGUAUAAAAAGACUUAACAAGGAGUUAUUGGAACACGUUGUACAUUCAUACUUGUAUAUAAAGAUGUUUAUUUUAAUUUUAGAGUUUCUCAUGUUAUCGCUACUCAAUCAUUUGUUAACUGAUUUUUGGAAUAACAUUAUUAUUCAUGUAUGUAAAAAAUGGAAAUAUUUAGUUAGAAUGCAAUUAUGUAAAAAAAAUUGGACUAGGAAAA